ACCCUAGCUUCACCGUUUCCACGGCGACGUGGUCAAACAAACACCCUGCAGGCCUAGUUGCAGAAAUUGGUUCCCACCUAGAUAGCAUAGCCACGAAAUAAAAAUUGGCCAAAUCGUAAAAGUGAAGGAAAAGAAAAUGUGCUUUUUGCUCUUAAAUUAAGGUCAGCGGUUAGGUUUAAACAUCACAUAUUAAUAAGAUAAAUUGUAUAAAUGUGCGGGGUUUAUGACUUUAACUAGUGACGCCCACAGAAACCAGACAGCUAUUAGCUAAACUAACCCCAGUUGUUCUAUGUAGCUUUUAAUAAAAUAACAAAUAUGGAGUUCACAGGUAGCAGUUACACUGGAAGCUUCAAGAAUGGCAGGAUGGAGGGAGAAGGAGAGUAUAAAUUCCCCACAGAGACCAGAUAUGUUGGGGAGAUGAAGAAUGGCAUGUUCCAUGGAAAAGGUGUACUCCAUUUCCUAAAUGGAAGCAUAUAUGAAGGAACUUGGGAGAAAGGAAUAUCCAAACAGGGAAAGUAUACUUUCUCUGAUGGACUGGAGUACCAAGAGAAGGACUGGGAGUUUUGUGAUGGCUAUGACAGACAGUUCUACACUGAGAGGUGCAAUGGACUCAAACCUGCAGGGGAGCCUCAGCUGACAGACUCAUUGCGUGUCAUCCCAGAUGGCUGCUAUGACUGUGGGGAUGGAUUCUAUGACCCCAACGCCAGGGUCAUCACUGACUAUGAGCAUCACUUUCUCAGAAACGCAGAUGACUAUGAACAUGAGUGGAUUGUGUCCACUUGUCGGAAGAGCUGGGACGAGAUCGUUGGACAUUCACCUGAAAAACUAGGCCACAUUUCAGAACUGGACAUUGAGUUGCAGGCUUGAGCGGGGAAAAAAAAAUAAAAGGCAGCUCAUUUAUGGAAUGUUCAACUGUGGUGCAUACAGGCCUACCUGUGAAUUAUAUUUCGUGAAAUCUGAAA